GUGACGUCUGCGCGCAUCGUGGACGCGCACCUGUUGCACGGUGUUUGACGCGAGCUUAGGAGACUGAAAAGUUUCCGUUUGUUCCGGGACGACGUUUAUUUGGCGAAGCUGGAAGUCAGUGAGCUCGCAGGAAGAAGUGAACGAGAGAAAAAGUGUGGGGAAAUCCUGCGCUAUUGAAGCAGGGCUUGGCUCUUGAGGAUGGUGCAGAACAUGGAGAUCAACGUAUCCUUCCUGACUGAGUCAGAGCAAGAAUUCAUACUAGAAGUCCUUCGGCGAGAUGAGGAGCUGAGACGCUUGGAGGAGCUGCGUGUGAAGAAGCUGAAAGCUGAGUUGCUGGAAAUCAAAAGAAAGGGUGCAAAACGUGGCAGUGGGAAAUACAGUGAGCGCAGCUGUGGCCGCUGCCAGGAGCCUAUGGGCCUUCUGACCCGCAGCGGUAGCCAGUGCAGAGUAUGCAAACAUCAGGUUUGCAGAAAAUGUCAAUCUGUUCGACCCAACGGAUCUUGGAUGUGCACCGUGUGUGCCAAAGAGAUAGAUCUGAAGAUGUGCACUGGUGACUGGUUUAAUGACGAUAGGGUUAACCGCUAUUCUACAGCUCCUGGACACGACUUAGUCCGAGUUUCCCUCAGGAAAAGGCCUCUGAGUAAAAAGCAUGAGACAGCUGGGGAAAUGCUGUUAAACAGAGCUGAGUUGAAUUCCAGCCAAACUGUUCCUGUGCCCAAGCCAAGACUGAAAGACAUUGCACUAGCAAAUAAGAGCUCACCCAUUGAGAAUUAUGAGGGACUUGAUGUGCGAGUGCAACAGCGUAGUGACACAGAAUCAAUAGAAAAAGCUAGUCUGGGCAGCAGCCUUGCUGAGACCGAAUCAUCCCACAGUACCCCCCUAAUGCAAAGAAAAGGAGGAAAGGGUCCUAUGAAAAUAAAGGCUUACCUCCUCCCAGACAAGAGCAAGAAGAAAACCUCAAUCAAACAGAACAUUAACCCCAGUUUUAAGGAAACACUGAAGGUAUAUAUUCCCACCAGCCGCACCCAGCUCAUGACUCGAACACUGCAACUCUCAGUUUGGCACUACGACCCUAUGACAUUGACUCUGCACAUCAAGAGGUGCAUGGCUCUUAGAGGAAAGGCAGCUGCCCAGCCAGCAUCUCCAUUUGAUCAGUACAAAGGAGAGCUGGUGAUUUCACUGAAGUAUGUCACAGCAAAUAAGACACAUGCAGAGGACUCUAAUGGGAAAGGAAAAAAGACCAAACUCACGGAUGGUGCUGAGCUGCACGUGUUGAUCAAAGAGGCCAAAAAUUUGACAGCCAUGAAAGCUGGAGGCACAUGUGAUUCCUUUGUGAAAGGGUAUCUGCUGCCAUCAAAGAGCAAGUCUUCCUCAAAGAAGAAGACUCCACUAGUGAAGAAGACAAAGAACCCAAACUACAACCACACAUUUGUGUACAACCACCUGAGUCUGGAGCAGCUGAAGGAUGUAUGUCUGGAGCUCACUGUCUGGGACAGAGAGACCCUGUCCAGCAACGACUUCCUGGGAGGAGUUCGCCUCAGUUUGGGAGGAGUGACUAUUAAGGAAGGAAAGGAAGAGUGGGUGGCAGACUCCACAGGGGAGGAGAUCUUGCUGUGGAAGAAGAUGAUGCAGUACCCCGACUCUUGGGCAGAAGGCACUCUUCCACUGCGCUCGUCCAUGGGAAAGGGCAAUUAAGGACGCUGCACAAUACCCCCCCUCCCACCCACCAAGCCAUUAUAAGGACAGGGGGUAACAUUCCACAACAUCUGUAUGUUGCUGUUACAGCUGCGCAAUAUAAGAACGUUAAUGCAUCACAGUAAUAUUUUAAAGUCUUUUUAGGUUAAUGCAUCUUUUAUAUUUUUAAACAUUUAAGGUAGUUCACAAAUAAUGAUGUGAAAAUGUGCAGUGUGUAUAUGUUAAUUAUAUUUAUUUUCUAUAAAUGUUGCAGUUGAACUGAUGUUUAUCAUUUGAAUGCUGUUCUUAAAAAUUAAUGUUUGGAGACAUUAAAGGUUUUAGUUUGAAUAACACUUUGGUUUUAAAUGUGCACUUAAUGUACGGCCGAAAAUGUACACGUUUAAACACAAUGUAGUUUAAUGUCAUAAUGCUGAUUUACUCUGUUUUGAGCACCUUCUUUUUAGGAGCUACACGAAAGUAAAGUACCAGCAUUUAAUAAAUAUUAAAUAUUUUUAAGAA